GUCAGCCUGCUGUGUGUAAAGUGCUGGAGGAGAUACGGGACAGCAGGCAUGGCAGGCAGCAGCGGAGAUAGUAUCACUCGCCGGAGUGUGGCAUCCCAGUUUUUCACACAAGAGGAGGGGCCGGGCAUCGAUGGCAUGACCACCUCAGAGAGAGUGGUGGAUCUCCUGAACCAGGCGGCACUGAUCACCAAUGACUCGAAGAUCACAGUACUCAAACAGGUCCAGGAACUGAUCAUCAACAAAGAUCCCACACUACUGGACAACUUCCUGGACGAGAUCAUCGCUUUCCAGGCGGACAAGUCAAUUGAAGUGCGCAAAUUUGUCAUCGGCUUCAUCGAGGAGGCAUGCAAACGAGACAUUGAGUUACUCCUGAAACUGAUCGCAAACCUCAACAUGCUCUUGAGGGAUGAGAAUGUGAAUGUGGUGAAGAAGGCCAUCCUCACCAUGACCCAGCUCUACAAGGUGGCCCUGCAGUGGAUGGUGAAGUCACGAGUCAUCAGUGAGCUCCAGGAGGCCUGCUGGGACAUGGUGUCCGCCAUGGCUGGUGACAUCAUUCUGCUGCUGGAUUCUGAUAAUGACGGCAUCCGUACCCACGCCAUCAAGUUUGUGGAGGGCCUCAUUGUCACCCUGUCACCCCGCAUGGCAGACUCGGAGGUGCCCCGCCGCCAGGAGCAUGAUAUCAGCCUGGACCGCAUCCCUCGUGACCACCCCUACAUCCAGUACAAUGUGCUGUGGGAAGAGGGCAAGGCAGCUUUGGAGCAGUUGCUCAAGUUCAUGGUGCAUCCCGCCAUCUCCUCCAUCAACCUGACCACAGCUCUGGGCUCUCUUGCCAACAUCGCCCGCCAGAGGCCCAUGUUCAUGUCAGAGGUGAUCCAGGCCUAUGAAACCCUGCAUGCCAACCUGCCCCCUACGCUGGCCAAAUCCCAGGUGAGCAGCGUGCGCAAGAACCUCAAGUUGCACCUGUUGAGUGUCCUGAAGCACCCGGCCUCCUUGGAGUUUCAGGCCCAGAUUACCACCCUGCUGGUGGACCUAGGCACACCUCAGGCUGAGAUUGCCCGCAAUAUGCCCAGCGGCAAGGAUGCCCGCAAGCGGCCCCGGGACGACUCAGAUUCCACGCUCAAGAAGAUGAAGUUAGAGCCCAACCUGGGGGAAGAUGAUGAGGACAAGGACUUGGAGCCAGGCCCAUCGGGAACCUCCAAGGCCUCAGCCCAGAUCUCAGGCCAGUCAGAUACAGACAUCACCGCCGAGUUCCUGCAGCCUUUGCUGACACCUGACAACGUGGCCAAUCUGGUCCUCAUCAGCAUGGUGUACCUGCCCGAGGCCAUGCCCGCCUCCUUCCAAGCCAUCUAUACCCCCGUGGAGUCAGCAGGCACCGAAGCCCAGAUCAAGCACCUGGCUCGGCUCAUGGCCACACAGAUGACGGCUGCGGGACUGGGGCCAGGUGAGUGUCACGUGGAGCUGACCUGGACAGGGCUUGUCCCCGUGGCCGCUGGCUUCUGCUUACUGGAGGAGCACCUCUUCCUGGUGACCUUGGUGCUGGCGGGCGCUGGUGGGCGCAAGAAAAUCUUCCGUCUGAGCGAUGUGCUCAAGCCCCUGACCGACGCCCAGGUUGAGGCUAUGAAGCUGGGCGCCGUGAAGCGGAUCCUCCGGGCAGAGAAGGCCGUGGCCUGCAGCGGGGCGGCCCAGGUGCGCAUAAAGAUCCUGGCCAGUCUGGUGACACAGUUUGACUCGGGCCUGAAGGCCGAGGUCUUGUCCUUCAUCCUGGAGGAUGUGCGGGCCCGCCUGGACUUGGCCUUCGCUUGGCUCUACCAGGAGUACAAUGCCUACCUGGCAGCUGGUGCCUCGGGCACCCUGGACAAGUACGAGGACUGCCUUAUCCGCCUGCUCUCCGGCCUGCAGGAGAAGCCAGACCAGAAGGAUGGGAUCUUCACCAAGGUUGUGCUAGAGGCACCGCUGAUCACUGAGAGCGCCCUGGAGGUGAUUCGCAAGUACUGCGAGGAUGAGAGUCGCACUUACCUGGGCAUGUCUACUCUUCGAGACCUGAUCUUCAAGCGCCCGUCCCGCCAGUUCCAGUACCUGCAUGUUCUGCUAGACCUCAGCUCCCACGAGAAGGACAAGGUGCGUUCCCAGGCCCUGCUGUUCAUCAAGCGCAUGUACGAGAAGGAGCAGCUGCGAGAGUAUGUGGAGAAAUUUGCCCUCAACUACCUGCAACUCCUGGUCCACCCCAACCCGCCAUCUGUGCUAUUUGGAGCUGACAAGGACACAGAGGUGGCAGCGCCCUGGACCGAGGAGACAGUAAAGCAGUGUCUGUACCUCUACCUGGCUCUCCUGCCUCAGAACCACAAGCUGAUCCACGAACUGGCCGCCGUGUACACUGAGGCCAUCGCUGACAUCAAGCGGACGGUGCUGAGGGUCAUCGAACAGCCGAUCCGAGGAAUGGGCAUGAACUCACCAGAGCUGCUCCUGCUGGUAGAAAACUGUCCCAAGGGGGCAGAGACACUGGUCACACGAUGUCUGCACAGCCUCACGGACAAAGUCCCGCCCUCCCCGGAGCUGGUGAAGCGGGUCCGGGAUCUCUACCACAAGCGAUUGCCAGAUGUCCGCUUCCUCAUCCCUGUGCUCAAUGGACUGGAGAAGAAAGAAGUGAUCCAGGCCCUGCCAAAGCUCAUCAAACUCAACCCCAUUGUGGUGAAAGAGGUCUUCAACCGCCUGCUGGGCACCCAGCACGGUGAAGGGAACUCGGCCUUGUCCCCGCUGAACCCUGGAGAGCUGCUUAUUGCGUUGCACAACAUUGACUCGGUGAAGUGUGACAUGAAGUCCAUCAUCAAAGGUGAGGCGCUCCCCCCAUCCCCCCCAAGUGGCCUGGCUGCUGUGGACCCAGGGAAGAACCUCAGUCACCCACAUGUCCCCGCUGGAAUCUGCCAAGUUGGAGAUUGCCACCUGCAACCCCAUCUCAGCUCUGGAUACCCGCCCUCCUCCCUUUUCCUCCCUCCUCCUCUCCUUCCUCCCUCCCUCCCUCCCUCCAUCCAAGGAACUGGCUUCUCUACUAUGCGCUGGCACAGAGUAGCCCUCAAGAAAGGUGGGGAGCCCCUCCCUCCCCAGGCCUGGCCUGAGGAAUGA